UUUUAACCAGGAUUACAAUAUACAAACUGUCUACUCCUCCUGUCUCCUGAUCUUUACUACCUGUGGAGGGUAGACUGCAUUUUUAAAGAAGCAGAACUAAAGGAACCUAUACAUUAGGCAGAGUGGCCCACAGUCAUUUUCUCUCUGUGAUUUUUUGCCUAUGAAAACCCCACCCAUCUCCAGUGGACCCAAACAGGAGGAAGCCUGCUGGGGUAUGGGGUACCUGUUGGUGGUGAUGCUGCUGGGGGGAGGAGCCUAAAGGGCUGAGUUCAAAUUUGAAUGUGUGAGACCGGUGCCUUGUCAGCCAGUGCAGCAGAAGUGCUGGAGGCAAGCUUUUCUUCCUAAGAUCUUCAGGGAGCCAAGAAAGACAAACUGGAUUCCACCAUGGACAGCCUCUUGAUGAAGCAGAGACAGUUUCUUUACCAGUUCAAAAACGUGCGCUGGGCUAAGGGCCGCCAUGAGACCUACUUGUGCUACGUGGUGAAGCGGCGGGACAGUCCCACCUCCUUCUCACUGGACUUCGGGCACCUUCGAAACAAGGCCGGAUGCCACGUGGAGUUGCUCUUCCUCCGCUACAUCUCUGACUGGGAUCUGGACCCUGGGCGGUGCUACCGCGUCACCUGGUUCACGUCUUGGAGCCCCUGCUACGACUGUGCGCGGCACGUGGCCGACUUCCUGCGGGGGUACCCCAACCUGAGCCUGCGGAUCUUCACGGCUCGCCUCUACUUCUGCGACAAGGAGCGCAAGGCUGAACCAGAGGGGCUGCGGCGGCUGCACCGCGCUGGAGUCCAGAUCGCCAUCAUGACGUUCAAAGAUUACUUUUAUUGCUGGAAUACUUUUGUGGAAAAUCGUGAAAGAACUUUCAAAGCCUGGGAGGGACUGCAUGAAAAUUCGGUUCGUCUGUCUAGACAGCUUCGACGCAUCCUUUUGGUAAGUGAGGGGGCUUUCUUUGCUUCUCAUUUUCUUUCUCCCUCCAAAGUUAUCUAUCCCUGGCACUACUUAUAUUUCCUACAUUUCCGCGUGUGUGUUUGUGUGUGUUUAUCAUUCUCCCCUUAUUUUUCCUGAUGAAAACGUUCUCUUUUCUGUUUUUGUUGUCAUUUCUUCUACAACUGAGUUUGCUCUAAUGUUUCACAAUUCAAAGCCCUGUACUAGCCCUCUGGGGUUUCCCAGGUGGCGCUAGUGGUAAAGAACACGCCAGCCAAUCCAGAAGACAAAAAAGAGGUUCGAUUCCUGGGUCGGGAAGAUCCCCUGGAGGAGGGCAUGGCAACCCACUCCAGUAUUCUUGCUGGGAAAUCCCACGGACAGAGGAGCCUGGUGGGCUACAGUCCAUGGGGUCGCAAAGAGUCAGACACGACUUAGCCCAAGCACCAGCCUUCUAGUAAGAUUCCUUUCCCUUCUCCGCUUCCCCACCCUAAUCCCCUACCCUCUCUUUCCUCACUCACAUCUUUAACUUAGACUCUCCCCAGAAUCCAUUUUACUCCUAGGAAAAUUUCUUCCUCUCUUUCUCUUUCCUCUCCCUCUCCCCUUCUUUUCUUAAAAAAUAUUAAUAGGAACGUCCCUGGUGGUCCAGUGGUUAAGACUCCGAGCUUCUGGGGCAGGGGACACGGGUUCGACCCCUGAUCGGGGAGCUAAGAUCCCAGAUGCGGUGCAACCAAAAGAUAUAAAUUUUAACAAGAAAAAAUUGACACAAAAAUUACAAAGUCACCCACUGUCUUUCUCCACAGCCACUCUACGAGGUUGAUGACUUGCGGGAUGCAUUUCGUACUUUGGGACUUUGAUACCAACCUUCAAGAAUGUCACAUACAAAGAAGUAUCUGUGAAGAUAGUGGGGUAAAAGAACUAUCUUUGAAGAAUUCUGCUGUUCUUCAACUCUCACUUUCUUUGAGUUUAGAAAAAAAGUAUUCAUAGAGGACUUUUUUAAAAAACUGUCUUGAAAAGAGAAGGAACACAGACCCACCAGGGUUAAUGCCAAAAAACUGGUUCAGUUUUUCAAUGUAACAUCGCCCCCUACUGGGAAAUGGCAGAACUGCAGGGCCUGGGAAGCCCUGUGUCCCUACUCUUGACUUUUAAGCAGAGAGAAAGCAAGAGGUUAAUGCUGAGGAGCGUGGUGAGAGGAUCAGAGGUUUUAUGACCAGUAUUUUUAAUUAUUUGAUUCUUGUUCUGCGUUUUCUAACGGUAUUAAUGAUAGAUUUUUCUACUCUUUUCCUUUGGGGUUCACUUUCAAGUGAACAAACUUGCCACCCUGUGAUCCACAGAACCUAAUGAGAAAACCUGGGUGACUGCAACCCCAAGCUGUCUAUUCAAAGCAUUAAUAUCCAAGCAUGUGUUCUGUGUUGAAUUGUCUGAAGCCUGAUUUUAAUGUUUGUACAUACUAAUUUUUUCUUGGCAUGGAAUAUGCAUGAUCACCGUUAGGAUGCUGUAUAAUAAAGGAGAUUAAAAUGAAUUUGAGGGCUGUGGAAAAGACAUGCUACAAGUGAAUUGAUACCUCAGGUAACAAAUCUGCAAAAAGAUCCUUUUAGAAUCUUAAUUGUGCAACCACACAUUUCCCACGUAACUAGUGAACACUUGGAAGGGAGUUGCUUGAAUGUUGAGAAAAGAAAAAAGUCCAUUCUCUCUGAACCUCAGGAAAGUCAACCAGGUCAAGAUUUUUUCCCUUUUUUUUUGCAUGUAUGGGUCCCUUCUCUCAAAGAUGUGACAAUAUAAGAGACUGUGACAGAAGACAGUAUUUGAGAGAGGACGACAGAGCAUUGCAAGGAAAUAGUGUUUUAUCCAUUAAAAUGGAAUGAUCCACCACAGCACAAACUGGUUAUUUGUUCCUAAUAACUAUCAUGGACUGUGAGAAAAAUAUUCAGAAUAACCAUAACACAACUAUUACCUAGCAACCCUUGCAAUGCAGAUAAACAGAUCUACAGGAAAAGUUGAAAGCAAAAAAAGAAAAAAACUUGAAUGCAUAAUUAUACUGUUUUACUCUUAUUGUACAUAAUUUGUGAAAGAAUUAAAUAUUAAAAACCCUUAUUCAUGUA